AUGGAAAUAAAACAAAAUGAAAUAGAAGCACAAGUUUCGGAUUAUAAUCCGUUUGAACAUCGACAAGUUAAGAAACCUAAUUCUGAUAUCAGAUCUUUGGCAAAUUUAUUAAAAGCGUCAUUAGGGACUGGCAUCCUGGCUAUACCUCUGGCAUUCGCCAAUUCGGGAUGGGGUGUAGGAAUCGUGGGUACUGUCAUUAUAGCAUUUAUUUGUGCACAUUGCGUCGAUAUAUUUGUUACAGUAUCUAGAAAUUGCUGUAAAGCAGUACGAAAACCUUUAUUAAAUUAUGCAGAAACAUGUGAAGUAGCCGUUGCUAUUGGACCCAAAAGACUGAGACCUCUAGCAUCAGCUGCUAGGGUAUUUGCAGAAUUUUCUUUACUAUUCACUUAUAUAGGAGUUUGCUGCAUAUUUACUGUAUUGAUAGCGGAUUCCGUUAAACAGCUCUUUGAUCAAUAUAUAUCUGGAUACAUAUUACCAGUGGAAUACUACUGCCUGAUAUUAAUUAUACCUCUCUGUCUAUUAGUGCAGAUAAGGUAUUUGAAAUGGUUAGCUCCUCUUUCGCUGACUGCAAAUAUUUUACUAGUAGUUACAUUUUUAAUUUGCCUCUACUAUAUAUUCAAAGAUGAAAUUAAAGUAGCAGACAAACGAGUGGUUGGCUACCCAUCUAGGUUUCCAGCAUUUCUUUCGACAGUGAUAUUUGCCAUGGAGGGAAUUGGCGUGGUGAUGCCAGUUGAGAAUAAUAUGAAGAAACCAGAACACUUCCUCGGAUGUCCAAGUGUUUUGUCAAUAGCGAUGACAUUUAUCAUGAUACUUUAUGCGAUUUUAGGACUGUUUGGAUACUUUCGAUAUGGAGACGAUCUGAAGGGAUCUAUCACAUUAAAUUUACCUUUAGACUCCUGGCCAGCUAUUUGCGGAAAAGCUUUUAUAGCCAUAUCUAUUUUCUUGACGUAUCCUCUUCAUUUUUAUGUCGUUCUUGAUGUACUGACAAAGUAUGCAGAACCAAUUAUUAAAGACAAAUAUAAAAAUUUUGCACAAAUCUUCGGAAGGAUAAUUAUUGUAUGUUUUUGUGGUGGAAUCGGCAUAGCAUUACCAAUGUUGGAGCAGAUCAUUAACAUAGUCGGAGCGGUCUUCUACUCUAUACUGGGACUCAUUAUACCAGGAGUUAUUGAGACUAUUAAUAGAUGGGAUAACCUUGGAAAAUAUAAUUGGGUUCUGUGGAAGAACAUACUAAUUGUAUUAUUCGGAGUAUGUAGUCUCAUAUCUGGUCUCAUUGUUACAAUAUUUGAUAUAAUCGAAAAUUUAAAUAAAAGAAGUGGUUGAAAUAUUCAAAAA